AGUCGUUAGUGUGAGAGGCAGAGAGCUCGAUCGGCAGGUAAGGAUGGCGUUGUGUUGAUGAUGUUCAUAGUGUAUUGAGACCAUGCGUUUGCCAUCGCUGAAUCGUCUCGUUCGAACAACGGCUUGAAUCUACAUGUAGUUGAUAGAGGCGUGGGACGGAGAAUACGACCGACGUACCGUACGACAGACAUUACGACCAGCAAGAUUUCCCCCCACCACCACCACGUUGUACAGCAGGCAGGUGUGGUCUGUGUGUGUGUGUGCGUCUGUGAUCGUACACAGCCGUCAUGAGGGGUGGAGGCGGCGGUAAUAGCAGGUGGGGGCACCAAUUACUCUGCAUCGCCUGCACGGCAGCAGCCAUCGUCCUAGUUAGAGCACAAGGUACGUUCACAGAUCUCACCGACUCCACGGCAGCCAGCACAACAGGUGGCGAUGGCGCCUCGCUCACAUCUCCGCUUCCCUCCGCGUCAGCACCAGCAGCAGAAGAUGAGGAAGCUGACCCUCCCAACGCAGCCGAACUAGAACCCUCCGCGGAUGCAUCGAGUUUCGUCGCCGCGACGACGGAGACAAUCUUUUCGCCUCCCGCGACACAGUCGGCGGCGGAGGUCACUGCAGGGUCGGAUGCCCCGACGCAGACGACGAGAGCAGUCGCGACGACGCAGGUGGCGCCACCAGACGCGGACGCUGCCGGCGGAGCGGGCGAGCGGGCGGCGACGACGCGAGUCGUGUUGCCGCUGGCGACGGAGGCGGGCCACGCCCAGGACGCGCUCGCGACCCGUCUCGCGUCCGGCGAACCCGCACCUUCGCCGGUGCACUCUGGCGGCGGUGCUCCGACGUCUCCCUCGACGCCGACGCCGUCCGUGAUUCCGUCCGUCGAGGUCGCCAUCCGCAAGGUCACGGUCGCCGGAGCGGAGGCGCCACCUGGCGGCGACGCUAGAACGGCGACGUCGCCGCUCGGCUCUUUCCUCGAACCGACGUCGAGCGCAGUUGCCGUGGCGACAGCAUCGUCGUCGACGACGGAGGAUGCCCGGCCGGCGGCGGCGGAGGAGAAUCCCGUCGUUCUCUUCGACAACGUCCGCGAGGAUGCUGACGCGGUGGAGAGCACCGUCGCUACGUCGACCUCUGACCCCGAACCGCCCGCCGCCGUUGCCGACCCGACCCGCGAGACGACGCCGGGUAAGGGCGUCGCCACGGCAACGACAGACGCUGAGCCUAUCGCGCAGCAGAGCGCGCCGCCGUCGUCAAGCCAAAUGCCACCGUCCCCAGAGUUUUCUCCGUCCUUUGCUCUCGCACCGUUCCCAAGCCAAAUAUCGCCAACGGAGUUGUCACCGUCCUCGAGUCACGUACCGUCCUCGGAACUCGCACCGUCGUCAAGCCUUAUGCCGUCCCCGAGCCAAGAAGUGUCUUCGAACCAAGCAACGUCGAUUUCCACCUUGUCCACAAGUCCUGCGGCAACGACUAGCAGUUCCAUCGAGUCGUCUUCUAGCGCUAAGAAAAUCUCCAUUUUGUUUCCGUUGAAUGCCACUCGAUUCACUGUAAAGCCUACGACGGAUGUUGUAGCAGCCACUGCAACGGACUCCCCUGGAGUUGUAACGGCAAGCCAAAUUACGAGCACAGUUUCCUCUAGAGCUGUUGCAGUCACAUCUUCCACCGUCCCCACCAGUGCUAGUGCGUCGACCGCCAAAGUCGAGGAUGCAACUAUUGACGCGCGUGCGUCUGUAACUACCGCAGCUGCUGUCGCCACUGCCACCACGACCGUAGAUGUAAUGGAUGGUGUAGCUUCCACCAGCAGUGACACCGGCACCACUGCUCUCGGUGGCAACACUACGAGCGAAUACGACAACGUAACCGUCAUCGGUGAAGGUCGCUUCAAUGUCACCGCCGACGGUGACGUCGCCGACGGCGGUAACGUCACCGCCGGUUACGCGACGACGAGCAGGACAAAAACUGUGCGCAUAGUGAUCUACGUGUGCGUGGGGUCGCUACUGGGGGCGCUGCUCAUGGUGGCCAUAGUGGGUCUCAUCGUGAGCUCGUGCAGAAGCAACCACCAGCAGUCGUUCACGCUCAAGGACACGCCACACCUAAACUUCACCAAUGAGGAUUUUACGCUGACCCAAAUUCCCCGGCCAAAAACCAUCCUCACGACGCAGAACGAGGUAAGUGGCAGCGCCCUGAAGCAGAAGAAUGGAGAGCCAAUGAGCAACAGCAGCACCGAGCGGCUGACGGAGGGCAAGAGCGGAGGAGAAAAUGGCCACCAUCGCAACGGAGCGAUGCCGCGGCAGAAGGGGGGCAUCGACAACCCGGGGUUCAAGCCGGAUCAGGUUGAGAUGGUGGAGAACAAGAGUGGCGUGUACAUCCCCGAUGCAGAUUACGACAUCGUCGCCACGGCAAAGGGAGAUUCCGACAGCGACGCGCUCCAAGUCAGUUUUUAAUCGGUGAGACAGAGUCGCCCUCUGGUGGUCCCCACAUCCUUCGUGGCUUGUGGUCCUUCGGUAGGCUGAAGAUUGCUGCUACCGUCAACGUGUGAGUGACUGCCACGUCGGCGUGCUGAGGAAGUACUGGUCAAAUAACAUUCCUUUCGUUGUCUUUGGAAAUAUGUUUGUCAGAAUAGAAGGACGAUGACGUGGGUCAUUGUAAACCAAUGAUUACAUUGCUUUCCUUUCGUUGUCUCUGAAAAUGUGUUUGUCAGAAUGGAAGGAGUAUGAGUCAGCGUAAACCAAUGAUUACAUUGCUUUCCUUUCGUUGUCUCUGAAAAUGUGUUUGUCAGAAUGGAAGGAUUAUGAGUCAGCGUAAACCAAUGAUUGCAUUGCUUGCCCCACGGUAUAACCGGAAUGUCAUAUAUACAUACAAGAGGUAAUAAUGCGUAUUAUACAUACCAGAAGUAGAUAAUAGGGAUUUUAUAUUCCCUAUUAUCUACUUCUGAUACAUACGUAUAAUAUAAUACAUACGUAGCUAAUAAUACAUACGUGUUGUUAGCUCUUGAUGUAUAGUUGGUGUUGUUGAUCGUCUUUACGAUGAUUCUCUAUGAACUGACGUUGGUUAGUUUGGCGGGGCAGUUGCGCACAGUUUAAUGAAGUUUUUAAUCGCCGGUAAUGCGUAUAAAUACUUGGCAUACUGAUCAUUUGUUCCGUCACAAUUUUUCUCGUGGUAAUCUGUACGAUAUUGCGUAUUUGUACGGAUUUGUACAAUUCUGUACACGGAUUUCUAUCAGUCAUUGAAUUGAGAUCUGUCUGUAAGCGUCUGAUGCCGUAAAGACGUUGUUUUAAUAGAUGGGAUUUGACUGAUUCCAUCGGUUGUUGAGAGUCAGCCCUGUCAGCCAGUCGGGACUCCUGGGCUGUCUAAGUUUAGAUGUCGUUUGAAGGGCGGUGGUGACCGACACUCUACUGUCCUUUUACGUGGGAGUGUUUCUGUGAAGAAUAUCUCACGGCUGCAGCUAGGAAUCGGAUCGGUUUCCUGAUGUGUAUGUCUUUGUAUACGUGCAGGUGGCAGUUGCCCUUGGCACUGCCAGCGCCCCUGCGGUUGUGCAUCUGUACAUAGGUGUUUUUAAAUCUCUUAUGAAGUGCGACAGUUGGUUUCGCAUACGUCGCGAUACGAUAGGUAUCACCAGCAUUCGUAUUUCACAAUUUCGUCCACUGAGAUUCCCAAAAAUCGAUAUAUACUCCAUUUAUUUUUCACAUUGUAGCGUAUGAUAUAUCGGUACGAUAGUGACAGGCGGUUCGGAGGUCUUUCUAUGCGUUCAUUGUAUAACAGCUUUCGUGUUGGUUUUGAGUUGGGGUUGCAGGCCAAUGGCUUUAUAUAUAUAUAUAUAUAUAUAUAUAUAUAUACGCGUAGUAAUAGUCGUACUUACUACGUAC